AUGGGUUUCACAACGCUCCUUGUCGCCUCACUGGCUGUUUCCUCCAGCGCGGUACCGCUUCUGAAUCCUAUUCAGGCAAUCCAAGCAGCAGGCCCAGCAGCAGGCCAGGUCAUAACCAAGUGCAGCUCCCCGGGAAUGAUAGCUCUCGCCUACGACGACGGUCCAUACCAAUACACGCAGAAGCUCGCCGACAUCCUCUCGAAUGGUGGCGCCAAGGGUACGUUCUUCGUCACUGGCACGCUUUAUGGCUGCAUCUACAACCAAAAGACUGCCGUCCAAAACGCCUACAAAGCCGGCCACCAAAUCGCCUCGCACACCUGGACGCACCCACACAUCGGCUCCCUCUCCGCCUCCGCCCUCACCACCGAGAUGACCAAGCUCGAAACCGCGCUCGUAAACAUCAUCGGCGUGAAGCCUACCUACAUGCGCCCGCCCUACCUCGAGACCUCCGGCAGCGUGCUCUCGACGAUGAAGACGCUCGGGUACCGCGUCAUUACUGAUGAUGUGGAUGCAGAGGACUGGAACGGCAAGACGCCUGCGCAGAGCGAGGCGAAGUUCCAGGCUGCAGGGGCGAGCGGGAAUGGCCAUAUUCCGCUAAUGCACGAGACAUACCAAGGGACGGUCGAGACGCUGACGCCGUGGUUGAUCAAUUGGGCGAAGACGAACAACCUCAAACUGGUUACUGUCGCUGAAUGCCUGGGUGAUGCAGGAGGCGCGUACACGAACGGAACGGGUAACAGUCAGACAGCCUGCUGA